AUGGCUUGUAAGGUCGUGCAGUCUCUAUGUCAUGUUCCAUCAUCCAUUCUUGACCACAAUCCAUCGAAACCACCGGAAGAAGCUCCAGAACAUUUUUUCGCCAACGGUCAGCAGCCUAAUAAGGCCAUGCCAAGAUUGGAUGUUACUGAGGACAUGCCGCUUUUGGAUCUUUCGCAGGUUGGAAGUGAAAAGAUGGAUCAUGGUCACCAGGUACCGGAUCACGAUGGCCUUCGGGAAAAUGAAAUACCAUGUGUUGGAAUGCGGUUUGAGCAAUUGCAAAUGGCUCAUGAAUUCUAUGUGACAUACACAAAGAAAGUCGGGUUUGCUACUAAGAUACGGACGACAACCUGUGCUAAGAUCACAAAUCAACCCAUUAAUCAAGCUAUUCACUAUAAUAGGAAUGGGUUCCGUGUGUCUCGUGUCAAAGCGGAAGAACAUGAUCUCAGCCGCUGGGUGCAAGCUUUGGCAAAUGAGUCUGGGGGCCCAUCUAACCUGGGAUAUUCAGAAAAGGAUUUACGAAACUAUAUUACAGCUAAGCUCCGAACCAGCAACGUCAACGUGGAUGUCAGAGAGAUGAUGAACUAUUUCAUGAGAAUGAAGGACAUCAAUCCAAACUUCUUUUACGCGGUGAAUUUGGACGAUAAGUGUAAAUUUCGGAGUGCAGUAUGGGUGGAUGCAAGGUGUAGGGCGUCGUACGAAUAUUAUGGAGAUGUUGUGUCACUUGAUAGCACAUACAACACAAACAAGCAUGGAUUACCGUUUGCGUCGUUCGUCGGUGUCAACCACCAUGGUAAGUCGACCAUCCUUGGUUGUGCUCUUUUUGGAAAUGAGGAAAUCUCAAGUUAUGAGUGGGUUUUCCGCCAAUGGGUCAAGUGCAUGGGAACUGCUCCACAGCGGAUCAUUACCGAUCAAUGCAAAUCCAUUUUUCGUGCAAUAAAAAAUGUGUUACCCGAUACACGCCACCAGUGGUGCAUCUGGCACAUUACGAAAAAGUUACCGCACAAGCUUGGAGGUUAUCGCCGGUACAGAGAGUUGUAUGAUGAGUUCAAUGAUAUUGUGUGGAACUCUCGGACCGAACAGUCAUUUGAGGAUAACUGGUAUGAAUUCAUAGACGAGCACAACUUACAUAACAACACAUGGCUGUCAGACCUCUUUGAUGAUCGACGCAUGUGGGUCCCAAUAUUCUUCAAGGGUGAAUUUUGGACUGCCAUGAGGAGCACGCAAAGGAGUGAGAGUAUGCACUCAUUCUACGGAAAUUUCUUACACAGUCGGACUAGCUUGGUCCAAUUUGUUCACGAAUAUGACAAUGUUCUUGGAAUUAAGGAGCAAAUCAUAGGAUAA